AUGAAGAAGGAGGACCCCAGCCUAGGGGGCUUUGGGGAACAAGGGCCCAAGGCCAGCCCCUGCUUGGUGCUGUCCCACUUUGAUGCCCCCAGAGCUCCAGGCCUCCUGUGCAAAGGGUUCAGAGCAGUGAAGGCCAGCGGCCCUCAGCUGAAGAAGACAAAGCAGGAUGACUCCCCCAACCACCCUGACCAGAGUGAGGCAGCUGAGAACAAACACCCCAUCAUCCCCGAGUUCGAGGCCUUCGAAGGGAGCAAGAUCCAGACUGCCAGGGCCCUGACACCCCGACUCCUGGCCUCCUGCUCUUUGAUACCCGACUUCCCUGGCCUGCGCCAGGCUCAGGCCACCAGCCCUCCUGGGCACUCGGUGCUCUCCGCUGCCCCCACUUACACCCGCAGCGUCCACACCCAGACCAUUGACACGGCCCUCAUUCCCUGCGAUGCGUGUGGGCGGGUCCAGUGGAGCUUGCGGGAGGUCAGCAAGGCCAUCAUCAGCCUGUGCGCCAACCAGAACCUGCCCUCGUCCCUGGACAAGUUUCAGCAUCUGGUGCAGGAGACCAUGGGCCAGCAGCCCAUGUCGGCCGUGGACCUGAGCUACUGGGCAGCCGAACAGAGCAAGGACCUGGGCCGCAUCAGCAAGCACCUGGGGACCCUGAUGCAGGUGAUCAGCCCCCUGCGGGCACAGCUCGAGGAGGCCGAGCGGCAAAAGCAGCAGCUACAGCAGCAGCUGGAGGAGCUGGGCCAGGAGAUGCAGAAGGAGAAGGUUGAGCAGCAGCAGCAGCAGGCCAACAAGGAGCGCGAGCAGGAGCUGGUUCUGGUCCAGCUGCAGGAAGAGAAGCAGGAGCUGCUCUCAGAAAUAAGCUUCCUGAAGAAGACCCUGGACACCUUGACUGGGGAGCUGAAGCAGAACCAGGACAUCAUCCAGGACCUGGCGGGCUGGGCUGAGGCGCCCGGGGCCCCCAGCGUGGGCCCAGAUGGCACAUCGGUCAGCGUGCCCCGUGCUGGGUGCUUGUGGGCCCUCCCCCCAUGGGGAGCGCCGCACCUCACAGUGUGGGGGGACGGGGGGUAUCUCCCAGAGGCGAAGAAACAGCAGAUGCUAGACGACAUGAGCAACAUGGUGAAAAAGAGUGAAGCCAAACAGCUGGAGGCCCGAGUGCAGCUGCUGACCGGGCGCCUGGAGAAUGCCAGUCAGCAGUUUGGCUGGGCCAGCACAGAGUUGGACAAGGAGAAGGCCAAAGUGGACAGCAUGAUCCGGCACCAGGAGUCCCUGCAGGCCAAGCAGAGGGCCCUGCUCCAGCAGCUGGACAGCCUGGACCAAGAGCGGGAGGAGCUCCGGGCCAGCUUGGAGGAGUCUGAGACACAGCAAGCUAACCUCGAAGGGCAGCUACAGGCUGCAAAUGAUGCCAAGAACCAGGUGGACGUCCAGCUGCAGGCCCAGCAGGAGCUGCUCCAAAGCCUCCAGCAGGAGAAACAGGCCAUGGAACAGGCCACAGAAGAGCUCCAGAUGACCGUCUACAAGCUGGACAAGUCGAUCCUUGAGCUGAAGGAGCGGGAGCGGCUGCUGGUGGCCUUCCCUGACCUCCAUGUUCCCAGUGAGGCCCAGUUUGAGAGCUCUGGGAAUGUCGCUGAGGACAUGGAGAGGCAGGUGCAGGCCAACGUCAUCCGUAUGCAAGUCCUGGAGGAGGAGAAUGGCCGGCUCCGGGCCACUCUGACCAAGCUGCAGGAGGUGGCCAGGCAAGGAGGCCUCAAGCUUGUCCCAGAGGCCCAGGUCUGGUCGUCGCCUUCCAAAGGGACCCAAACAGGCUCCUGCUGCCAUCCCCGAAGAACUUCUCCAGGUCAUCUCGGCGUGCCCACUGGCCACCGCGACCGUCCUGCCAGCAGUCGACUCAGCAGUGAAAGCAGCCCCCCGGGCCGGCCCUUCCGGCCUCAGCCCGCCCGCCCCAACACCCCUGUGAGCUACAGGUCCUCCCGGCCUCCCCUAACAGUCACAGGCUCCUCCAAGACCACAGGCAGCAACAACAUUGCCUACAUGGAACUCAGAGGGAAGGGCAGUGGGAAGCGUCACUUGGGUGGCUCGGCCCAGCAGCUGAGGUAGCCGGAGGCCCCUGUGGUUGUCCUGGCCGGCCUGGCCCACAAAUCAAAUAAAGCCACCAGCCUCUGCCUUCC